UACUAUCAACCUACCACAUGGAGAGAGUUAAAAAAAACUUAAUCUGGGUACAAAGUGUAACCAGGGAGAUGUAACUACGAGUACUCAAAGUAAAUAACGUGUGGACGAAUAAAACCUAGGCCUACUCGUUACCAGGAUGGACAAAAUCGGCUUGGAUGUUGAUAUUAAUGAUGGAAAGAAGAAAAGUUUUAUGAGUCAGCGUUUUAUUGUGUAUAUAGUCUGUGUGGGUACAUUUUGCCUAGGUCUGGGGCUUCUUCUUGGUUAUCUUACGUUUCCUGAAACGCUACGUACUCAAUCGAGCUCACCAAUCGAAGGGAGUGAACAAAGAGAUCAUGAAUGGGUUUCAGAAACUCUGAUGAACUAUAUUGAUGCGGCAGAGAUCGAGGAAAACCUCAGAUAUUUGUCAAAACGGCCGCAUGUUGGUGGAACUCAGGCCGAAAAAGAAAACGCAGAAUACAUAAAGGAAAAAUGGAUUGAACAUGGAUUGGACGGUGUCAAAAUCAAUGCAUACACUCCUUAUCUAUCAUAUCCAGACAUAAAUAACCCCAAUAAGGUGUUUCUUUUGGAUAACGGCAAUGAAUUUUUCAGUUCUCGUGAUUUUGAAGAUGUCCUACGACCUGAAGACGAUAGUUCUGACAUCCUUCCGCCUUUUAAUGCAUACUCUGCACAAGGUACUGUAGAGGGCGAGUUAGUCUACGUAAACUUUGGUCGUGAACAGGAUUUUAUUUACUUGGCAGAGAAUAAACCAGAAAUAAAUAUAGCGGGGAAAAUUGUGAUUGCUAAGUUCGCAAAGGGUUUCCGAGGAACUAAGGUGAACAAUGCACAAAAGGCAGGUGCAAUUGGAGUGAUACUUUACAGCGAUCCUGAUAACUACUCGCCUGGCGAUACCCUAGGUGGAUAUCCCAACUCAUGGUGGCUACCACGGACAGGAGCUCAGCGAGGAAACGUGUGGGUCAGCGAUGCGAAGGGAGAUCCUUUGACACCUGGUUUUCCUGCUAAUGAUUAUGCGUAUCGCCAAACGGAAGAGCACGCAGGAUUGCCGCGAAUCCCGGUUCAUUGUAUAUGUGCAGACGAUGCAGAAAGGAUACUGAGAGAAAUGGGUGGAGAUGACGUGCCUGACAGCUGGAUAGGUGGACUCAACAUCUCAUACAAGUUCGGCCCAACGUUUAAAAAUCCAAAUAGAACAGUAAAAUUAGAGGUCACUUCUAUUAAAGAGAACCGACCUGUGUACAAUGUCAUCGGAAUGAUCAAAGGCAAAGUUGAACCAGAUCGUUACAUUCUAUUGGGCAAUCACCGUGACGCUUGGACAUUUGGAGCAAUAGACCCAUCAAGCGGCACUUCAGCUUUGUUAGAAAUGACGAGAGCUUUUGGAAGAUUACACAAAGAUCAUGAUUGGAGUCCAAGACGAACUAUCCUCUUUUGUAGUUGGGCUGCAGAGGAGCCUGGAUUGGCAGGUUCUACGGAAUUUCUUGAGGAUUUCCAGAGAGUACUGGCUGAAAGAACGGUUGUCUAUUUCAACGUUGAUUCUGCAGUGACCGGCAACUACACAUUUCAAGGAAAGUCCACGCCAUCUUUACGAAAAGCUAUAUUCGCUGCAACUAAGAAGGUUCCAUCUCCCGAUUCCGGAUUUACAUCAACAUACGAACACUGGAAAGAAAAAGAUGCGAGUUCGAGUGACAACAGCAUACCAUAUUUAAGGAAUCUAGGGUCUGGUAGUGAUUAUAAACCCUAUACGUAUCGUUUAGGGAUUCCUGCUGCUGAUGUUCGCUGGCGAUAUCCAACAAAUCUGGGCCUCUCGUCACAUCCCGUGUAUCACUCCGCCUAUUCGACUUUCUAUUACGUAAAGACGUUCCUCGACUGGGAUUUUAAGCGACAUCAGGCGGUGGCGCGUGUUUGGACGGAGCUCGGGCGCGAUUUCGCCGACUCUACUAUCUUGCCGUUCGACUGCGUGUAUUAUGCAGAUAAGAUACGAAGCUCUAUAGAAACUGUUAAAGACCUUCAUGAAAGUAAUAUGAACGCACAUAACAUCACGUUUGAUACAAUUAUGUCGGCUAUUGACAACUUGACAAACAUUGCUACCAGCUUCGAAGCCAAAGUCCAAAAGAUGGACACUUCAGACGUACUUGAAGUUCGGAAGGUUAAUGACCAAUUUAUGCUUUUCGAGAGGGCGUUUAUCGAUCCACUUGGCUUACCAGGUCGUAAAUUUAUGAGGCACGUAAUCUUCUCUCCUACUUUACACGGUGGAUCAUCAUUUCCUGGAAUUGUUGAUAGCAUGUACCGCAUAAAUGAAGAUCCCGACCAGGACCAGAGAUGGGAAGCGGUUCGUGAGCACAUGGCAGUGGUCGCUUUCAUGAUACAGUCUGCCGCUAGCACAUUAAAAGACGUCACGGAAUUUUAAAAUUUGUUCGACAAAUUGAGAAAAUACCCAAGUAAAUUAAGGCCAAAUAUGAUACUUUUAUACUGAGUUUUUCGAUGCGAUAUUCUAAAUUGCUUGGUAAAUCUUCAACAACUUAUCUCAAUGUACACCUUUGAAACGCAGUUUAAGUUACUAAUAGGCCUAUAACGUAAAUUAACAUUAAUUUGAACGUUUGAAUUAAAACUAAUAUUGAUUUUUAA